CAUCUCACUUGAUACUGGACCUUACUUCAGUAGUGACACUGCAACGCUAGCUGCCAAGACUGACGCAUUAGAAUUCUGUACUAUAUCCAAAGCCUUUCAGCAUGACUGCCUUAGAUCCAAGCCUAAGCGAAGAGGAGCAAAUCGAGGAAAUGAAAGACUGUUACUCGAUUUUUGAUCGCGUUGGGGACAUGAAGGUGGAAGACAAGCGUUUAAUAGACGUUUUGCGCUCUCUGGGCCUAAACCCGUUGACCGAUGAUGUUGAAAAAUGCAUCGAGGCAUCAAAACUUAAAGGCACUCGUGUGGACUUUGAGACAUUUUAUGGCAUUUUCAAGCAAUUGGCAAAGACGCCUGCAACUGGAAGCUAUGAGGAUAUGGUGGAGGGACUUGGCACAAUGGAUCGCGACACAAGUGGCGUAGUCAAUUCAGCCGAGCUUAGAAUGGUGCUUAUGAACAUUGGUGACAAAAUGACAGAAGACCAAAUUGAACCAAUUGUACAGCCGCACGAGGACGCCUCAAAAUCUGUUGUUUACAGGGACAUGAUCAGAAGAGUAAUGGCAGCUUAAAAUCCUGUUGAAUACCAACGGUUUGGAGUGUUAAAUGACAUUUUUUAUAUCAUUUUAAAAACUCAAUUUUCUUUUUCGUUUUAAUUUCGCUGUACUUUUGUGUGACUUUUAUGAAACUUCUAAUGCACUGUAGAGAAUAUCCAGUCGCUCAAUUUCAAAGUUUUCAGUAAUUUAUACAAAUAAGCAUUUAUCUAUAAAACGUAUCAAAGUGGACCUUAUUCAAUAAAUUAAUUAAUGAGCAACGAAUAACAUAGUUCAUAGAAAUAUACGUACAAUUUGAAAAAAACUUGCAUGUAAUUUACA